AUGUCCCAUCGUGUAAUUAGCAAGGCUGCAGGUGGUAGUUCGGAGGAGCCUCCCGGUGAUUCCUCUUCUCCUCCGAAGCACUUGGACAGGGUGCAGAAACGUGAACAGCACUGUGGCAGAUGUCGCAACCAUGGCCGCUGCGAGAAACUGAAGAACCACAAGUUAUGGUGUCCCUACAAACUGUGUGUCUGUGAGAAGUGUCUUCUUUUAUUAGAGCGGCGCAGUGUUAUGGCGAGGCAAGUUGCGCUUCGGAGACGACAAGACAGCGAGAUGCAGAGACUAGUCGAGCUGGGUGCUACAAAUCCGCCCCGUCCUACCCCUCUCAACUCCAACAGUCAACUCCAGCAACCAUUGCUGAUCUCAGAUGACGAGGAGUCACCGAAUGGCACUGUCAGCAGUAGCACAGGCAGCAGCAGAAUCAUGAGUUCAUUGCCACCACCUCUGAUUCCAGCACAUAGUCUGCCCUUAAUUCAACCAUUUCCAUUCGUACCACAAGUACCCAACUUCAACUCCCCUCAAUUCAAAUUAGACAAUCUCCUGAGACCCCAACUUGCAAUUUCGAACCCUGCAGUGCCACGACUUCCCUUCGUGGCAUCACAAUCUGACAUGUCACCAACCACAGGAGGCGCAAAUUUAUUCCUUCAGUCACGAAUCAGACCAAUUCAGAAUCAUGCUGCAGCCUACUCGAAUUUAGUGCAAUUUUACGCGUCUUUGUACGCUAAUUGUUUGAAUAACUCGCCGAGUCAGACAAGGUCGGAAGAGUUGAACGCACUUAAUCAGAAUGUGGAAAAAGAUGAAGACCAAAGCGAAGCUAGCGAAUAUGAAUUGAGAUACACUCAAGCCAAAUAA